AAAAAAAAAACUAUGUCUACUCUGGCUAUGGAUAUGGCGUGCUUGGGGACAAACGAGAGGAGGGGGAGGAAGAAGAAGAAGAGGAGGAGGAGGAGAAAAGAGGUGGACGUGGAGAGAAGAGCAGGAAGAAGAGGAGGAGGAGAAGGAGGAGGAGGAGGAGGAAAAAAAAGGAGGACGUGGAGAGAAGAGCAAGAAGAAGAGGAGGAGGAGGAGAAGGAGAAGGAGAAAAGAGUUGGUGGAGAAAAGAGCAAGAAGAAGAAGAGGAGGAGGAGGAGGAGGAGGAGGAAGAAGGAGGAGGAUGAGGAGGAGGAAGAAGAAGAAGAAGAAGAAGAGGAAGAGGAGGAGGAGGAGCAGGAGCAGGAAGAAGAAGAAGAGAAGUAGGAGGAAGAGGAAGAGGAGAAAAGAGGACGAGGAGGCGAAGAAAAGGGCAAGAAGAAAAGGAGGAAGAGGAGGAGGAGAAAAUAAUAGGAGGAGGAGGGGGGUCGGUUCUUCGAUGUGCAGCUAUGGCUGCGCGGGGUCGGUUCUCCCAACAACACAUAAGAAGAAGAAGAAGAAGAAGAAAUAAGAAGACAAAAUAAGAAGAAGAAGAAGAAGAAGAAGAAGAAGAAGAAGAAGAAGAAGAAGAAGAAGACGAAGAAGAAGAAGAAGAAGAAUAUACGUAAAAAAACAAAAACCUACAACGAAC